UGUAAUAGCCAGCAGACACAGUGACGCUGAUGGAAGCAAUGCCAGAGGUGGCUGCUGCUUCCCCAAUAGGAACAGAGGACAUCAUCAAUGGCUAUGAGUGCCCAGCUCACUCAGUGCCUUGGCAGGUCUAUUUCACUACCGACGGGAACCGCUGGUGUGGAGGGUCAUUGAUCAAUGAGUGGUGGAUUGUAUCUGCGGCUCACUGCUACGUUCCAGCCAACACUCUGGUUGCUCACCUGGGGGAGCAUGAUACGACACAGCCGGAAGGCACAGAGCAGAACCUGAAUGCCGCCCUGGCCAUUCGCCACCCCAAUUACAAUGACAAGACCCAAGACAACGACAUCAUGUUGGUCAAACUAUCUCAGCCGGCUCGGUUCAACCAGUACGUCUCCCCGAUCCAGCUACCUACCAGCUGUCCUGCUUCUGGGACCUGGUGCCUGGUUUCCGGAUGGGGAAAUCUCCUGACCCAUGGAGUUGCAUACCCCCAGAAGCUGCAGUGCCUGCGUGAGCCCAUCAUUCCCAGCACUACGUGCAAACAGGCCUACCCCUACUACUACAGCAACAACAUGAUGUGUGCUGGCUUCAUGCAGGGCGGGCAGAGCACCUGUCAGGGAGACUCAGGAGGUCCCUUGGAGUGCAACGGGUUGCUGGAGGGCAUUGUCUCCUGGGGCUACGAGUGUGCCGAGAAGGGCCAUCCCACUGUCUACACCAAAGUGUGCAAUUACACACCCUGGAUACACCAGAUGAUGUCUUAUUAUUAG